AUGGAUAAAGUAUGUAAGGCGUGUCAAGCGAAACACCAUACGUUGUUGCAUUUACCUGAAUCCACGGUAGACAAUAGUAACGUGAACACACCUCCAGCACCUUCAUCUACAACCGUUGAAACCAUAGCAGCCCAUGGAACAUCACGUUCACUGUCAUCAGUACUUCUGUCUACGGCGUUGGUACGUGUACAAGGACCUAAUGGACAAAAUGAACUGUGUCGUGCGCUGUUGGACUCUGCUUCACAAUCACACUUUAUUACCAGCACAUUAGCUACUAGGUUAGAUCUAGAACGCCAUAGAUCAACCAUUGUUGUGGGAGGGAUCUCCAAUGCCACUACUAAUGUGUCUGAAGUCACAUCAUUUCGUAUCGCAACAGAUAUCAGCUAUACGUUAAAUGCACUGGUCGCUCCAUGUGUCACAGUGGAUUUACUUCACCAAAGAGGUGUUUACAUACCAUACGAUCAACCAGAAUAA